AUGUUCGUCCAUCAAGCAGUGCCCGUGGCAACUUCGUUAGCGCGGACAUCAGGACUUCAAAACCCCUCUUUCACAACAUACAAGGUCCAUUCGAUUAAUUACACUUUCGUUCGCCAAUUUGAAAAUCGCCUAUCUCCAUCCUCCAUCUCUUUUUUUCUCAACAUAUUGUAUCAAUCGUUCAAGAAAGUAAUUCAACGUAAUGGCCCUUCAGCGAAUAGUCUGACGAUGCUGUGGAAGGAAAAGCCAGAUAAUUUCACAUAA